AUGAGCUUUGCCAGACCAUUCUUAUUCCAAAAAACCGCGCUAGGUCAAUUGCGAAAAUUCCUGUCGCCUUUCAGUUUUGGCAAAAGCAGGCUUAUGUCCUCAGGCGCAAGGGCCGCGAAGGCUCCUCUGUAUUCGGGAUUCGUUGGAUACAAGACCGUUGGUUUUGCCGCAGGUACAUCUUUGGCGAUGCUUCUAUCGACCAUCUCGAGCAAAAACAUUAUUCGCAGUGACACCAUACUGGAUGUAAAACAGCGUAACGCAGGAUUGCCAGAAGAAAUUGGCUUACCAGGCCAGCGCGGGAAGAGUGCAGUGAGCAAGAAAGUGAAUUACAGAGAACUUUGUUUAGGGUCUGUGUUGGGACUUAUGAUAGGUGUUGUUGUUGGCAAAAUAUCCUCAGUUUUGGUCUUUGUCACUGCAUGUGGUCUUCUCAGCCUACAGUGGCUCAGUAACAGGGGCUUAGUUGACAAGAACGCGACUUGGGGUCUCUCAAAGUAUAUUGUGAAGACCGGCAGAGAAUCGGUUGAUUUGAACACUCUUAUUUGGGACAAGCCUAGUUUCAAGGUUCCAUUCAUUUUAACAUUCGUACUUGCAGCACUUAACGUCUAG